AUGAGUGAACCAACCACUGCUACAACACCAGUUGAAACAAAACAAAAGAAGAACCCUGUCUCUGAAGAAGAGGGCAAACGUAAACAACAACAAAAAUACAGAAAGGGUAAUGCCAUUGAGGUUGAACCUGUAGCUGGUACUCGGGAUUUCCUUCCUGAAGAAAUGAGAGAAAGGGAAUGGCUCUUCAGUAAAUUCCACGAAACAAGUAAACUCUUUGGUUUUGAACCAUACGAUGCACCAAUCCUUGAAAUGGAAGAACUUUACAAGAGAAAGGGAGGUGAAGAAAUUGUUCAACAAAUGUAUAACUUUAUUGACAAGAGUGAAUUGAACGUUGCUUUGCGUCCAGAAAUGACACCAUCUCUUGCCAGACUUAUCUUGAAGAACAAAAAGACUUUAAAGUUCCCAUUAAAGUGGUACAGUAUUCCACAAUGUUGGAGAUAUGAAACUACUACUCGUGGUAGAAAGAGAGAACACUAUCAAUGGAACUGUGAUAUCUGGGGUGUUCAAGAUGUUACAGGUGAAUGUGAAUUGUUUGCUACUAUUGUAAAUUUCUUUAAAUUGGUUUCCUUAUCAAGUGAAAAAGUUACAAUUAGAUUCAGUUCUCGUAAAAUUAUUGAAGAUUUGAUCAAAUUAGAAUUUGGACUUAAUUUAUCUGAUGACAAGUUCAAGGAAACCUGUAUCAUUAUUGACAAGAUGGAUAAGAUGGAAGCUGAAGAUGUUAAAAAGAUUCUUGUUGAUAAAGUUCCUGAAAUUUCUGAUGAAGUUGCUCUCAAGAUUAUCAAAUUGAUGAACUUUAAGAAAUUGAAUCCAAAUGAAGAUUAUUCUGGAUCUAAAGCUUUGGAAGCUUUCAAGGGAAUGUUGACAAAUCAAGCUUUCAAGGAUAGUACCGUUUUCAAGGAAGUUGAAGAAAUUUUUGCCAUGGUAGGAAAGAAUGGUUAUGAUAUUGAAGAUUGGAUUGAAUUUGAUCCAAGUAUUGUUCGUGGUUUGUCAUAUUAUACAGGUGUUGUUUUUGAAGCUUUUGCAACUGUUGGUGAUAUUCAACGUGCAAUUUGUGGUGGCGGUAGAUAUGAUAAGAUUUUAGGAACUUAUGGAGCUAAGGAUCAAAUUCCUGCUUGUGGUUUUGGUUUUGGAGAUGUUGUCAUUUUGGAAAUUCUCAGAGAUUUGAAAUUGAUUCCAGAAUAUAUCACUUCUCAACAAGUUGAAGACUUUGUUAUUCCAUUCGAUCUUUCUUUGAGACCUCAAGCUGCUAAGAUUGUUUCAAUUUUGAGAAAGAAGGGUAGAGUUGCUGAUUUAUAUCUUAAGAAUCCAAAGAAGGUUGGUGCCUGUUUCGAAUAUGCUGAUAAGAUUGGUGCUACUAGAGCUAUUUUUGUUGCUCCAGCCGAAUGGAAUAAUGGUCAAGUUAAAAUCAAAAUGUUGAGAGAAGAAGAUCCAGAAAAGAAGGAAUUUACUGUUAAAAUUGAAGACCUUUAAAUUUAUUCAUCUUCAUUUCCAAUACAUUGCUUUAUUAAUUCCAUAAUUAACGGAUUUUCCAUAGCUGCUGUAACUCUCUCUUUAUCAUUAAUCUGUUUAUUAACCUGUUGUUCUUCAUUAUGAGACCCUUCCGAUACAAAUAUUUCUAAUUUAUACUUUGUCACGAACAACUUUUUUCCAAAUCUAUUUUUUAAACGUUCCCUAAUACAUAAACUAAUAUGAGACACUAAUGAACAAUGUUUUACAGUUGGUGU